CUCGAUCUAUACAUAUACCUCGCGCAUGGUGCAACCUCAAUGCAUUGUUCUGUGUGACUGUCUUCUUGACUCUCUCCAUCCCAGUGGCUCUUGUACGCGCACAUCAUGGUCAUGAAGCAGUGCACUAUCUGUGAUCGGCAAUUCAAGAAAACAGAGCAUUUCAAGCGUCAUGAACGGUCGCACACGAAAGAGAAGCCCUACCAAUGUAAGGUCUGUCUCAAGCGGUUUUCGCGGAGCGAUGUCCUGAGUCGCCAUGCGAAAGGCCACAAGACUACUCGCCCCGAAACGACGAAUGAAUCGAAGAAUAUCCAGACUGCCACGCCGCCUACUCAACCGCCUAAUGAUCGGACACCUCUCGUCGCAAAUGGGAUUCAGCAGGCCUUACCCGGAAUGAGUCCUCAUGACAUUCAACAGAUUCAGAAUGUUUCGACGCAUCGCGGCAUGUCGCUGUCGGCAACCCCCGGUAUCCCCUCAACGUCUCUGGACUUCUUAGCCAACCUGUCCACCCAUCAACCUCGCACGGAACCAGAUGCCAAUCCAAUGAUGCCUGAGGAGCAACAUCAAUACUUCGGGUGGAACGAUAUCUCUGGCCCUGAUCAGCAAUGCUAUAGGGGGACCAUCCUCGACCCAAUGCAGAAUGACUUGCUGCAGUUCUGGCUGGAACCCCGCGGAGACUCGAUCUCGCACAGUGGUUCAUUGGACAUGAUGGGCGACCAGAUGAGUAGCCUGACCGGUGAAAUUUCCACAGCAACACCUCAACAGCAUCCGCAGCAGCAUCAAUCCGUAAGCGAUGGGGAGAACUCGAAAUCAGGGAACCUGAUUCCGAAUGAGCGCUUCUCUCGCGUGCAGCGCUAUUGGCUUGCCCCUUCCAACAACACCGGUCGCCUCAUGAACAGUCUGUGGCGGGAUGUCGCCAGCAGUGACUUGCACAAUAUAUUUACCAUGCCACCAACAUCAUUGCCAAUUGGCCCCGUUGGCCUUCCACAGGGAUCGAGAUAUGGCCUUGACGAAGCGUGCAGGCAACGCCUAUACAUGGCUUUUGGGCAGACGGAACAGCCGCAGCCACAUGCGCUUGCUGGGAGCAACAUACUACCACCUUUGACUUCGAACUCCCAUCCAAAGAACCACAACUUUCCUCCAGCCGAAGUUCUCGAUAUGGCGCUUGAUCUUUACUUCCGCGAAUUUCAUCCAUUGGUGCCUUUUAUUCAUGUGCCUACGUUUUCCGCAAGCAAUACGCGUCCUUCAGUAUUGUAUGCUAUGUGUCUCAUCGGAAUGGUGUUGUUGGGAACCAGAGGGACAAUGGAGUUUGUUUGCAAGAACUUCCAGCUGAUGCUCGAGCGCAUCACGACCGACCUUGCCAAGUGCUCUGUGGGGGUGGAGAACUCGGUUUCCACCGUCUCUACGUUCGCUGCCUGCUUCUUGUUUCUCAAUCUGGCUGCUAUGACCGGAGAGAAGGAACAUCUUAAAAAAUGUCAGAUGCUCUAUGUCAACCUCAUAGCUAUAGCGCAACGACAUGGACUUUUCGCGGCCACAGAAGGACAACUGCUUGAUAUGAAUCUUUUCGACACUUUCCCUGACGUCGAGACGAGGUGGAAAGUUUGGAGCAAAGUGGAGAGUGUGAAAAGGCUGAUCAACGGUCUAUUGCUCUUGGACUCUUGGUACUCCUCCUUCAUGUCUACGAGUCCCAUCAUCGUGCCCGACUCGGUUCAGUUAAUACUGCCAUGUGAUGACGCACUCUUCCGAGCCAUCACUGCUAUGCGAUGGAUGCAAUUGAUCUGCAGCGGCAAAUGCAUGCUAAUGCCGACGAUUGUGGCGCCAUCAGAGAGCGUGGGCUUACCGGAGCUGGAAAGUCCGGUCGACGACUUCUGCAUGCACGGAGUGUUGUCUCUGGUGCAAUUGCGGCUGUCAGAAGCUUACUACCGUCUUCUCUCGAACCGACCGCAGUACCCCUUUGCGCCGUGUCAUACUUAUAAUAUGGACGCUCGUGCCAGGUGUCUUGCGGACCUCCAGUUGCAGAUUGCUAAUAAGUACGGAGACAUACUCAGCCGAUUGAAUCCCAAUGCGGCCGUGACAUGGCACAAUAUGUGCUUGACGCUUUCAGCAGAUACCCAAAUCUUCGAUCUCGCGGCGGGACGCUCAGGACCCGCCCCUGCCCGGAAAGCCUUGGACGACAUUGCGGCAUGGUCUCAGACACCAGCGGCCCGGCGAGCUUGUCUGCAUGCAGCGCACAUCUACAAGGUGUUGACAAACCGCAAGACUUCCGACCAUAUGAUGUUUCAUUCAGUCUUUUCUCUCUUCUCGGCGGCGCUAGUCCUGGGACUAUAUGUUUUCAUGGUGCCAAAUCUCCCCGAUCCACAGGGAGGGGGCACCGCAAUCGAGCUCUUUGAUGACAUCGAUUGGCAGAAGGUGGGCACAGAGGGGCUUGCCAGUUACAUGGUACCGUCGGGCAACCAACCAUUGCCGCUGUCUGAGGAGCCAGCGGUGAAUUUCAUCCGCAACGGGGGUACAGUGUUCUUACGAGGAAUCCCCAUCCAAGGCGGUUACCAGCCCGCACGACGCGUUCUGUUGGACUAUGCCGGAUUAUUGAGAGACGCUGGCAAAUGGAGCGUGCGCAAAUUUUCCUAUGUGCUUCACAUCAUGAGUGAUGUCUUGAUGGAUGUAGACUGAAGUGUCGGUUGAUCACGAGAGCUACCCUGCCUGGCUUGAUUUGCCGUGGGCACAGAUUCAUAGCCUUUGAGACGCUCCAAUGCACGGUGGCAUUGAUCAGCUGGCUGAACAGUGUACCAUAACAUGCCG